GGCAUCCUUCCAGCUGUUGGACAGACCACACUGAGAUGACAGUGCGGAAGGCACAGUAAGUUACAAGUCACGAAGGGUUAAGACUGCUUUCUGUUCCACAUCCCAUCUCAGCCUUGAUCUUUGCUCUGCCCAAAGUCUUUUCUAUCCCUUUACUUUUCAGUGAAUUAGCAUUUGAUCAACUUCAAUUUUUAUAUCCUUGUGUAGAAAUAACUAAAUGGCUUUAUUUACCAGCUGUUGUGUAGUUUUUUUCAUUACUGAGUGGAGUUUUUGGAUGGAGACAUAUUAUAGUGACUGACACUCAUUACAGAUUUUGGGUUUCUGCUUUCUUAGUGUGGACCUUUCUGCAUGGCAGCAGUUUUCUGCAAACUAAUAUGUACUCUAGAACUAUGUUUCUGCAUUAAAUAUAUCACAUUUUUAUCAUCUGUCUCCUUUGAGGUCAGCAACAAAUGGAAGCAGGCUGAUAUGCACCAGGGGUGUGUGUGUUACUGGUUAGCUUCGUUCCUGCCUUGGUAUCAUGGACAAGAACCUGACUUCUCCAUCUUCUCCUUUUUCUGCAGGUAUUGAGAACCUGCCAUUUGAAUUACAGAGAAACUUCCAGCUCAUGCGAGAUCUGGAUCAGAGGACAGAAGACCUCAAGUCAGAGAUCGAUAAGUUGGCCACGGAGUAUAUCAGCAAUGCACGGACUCUGUCCUCAGAGGAAAAACUGGGACUUCUCAAGCAAAUCCAGGAGGCCUAUGGAAAGUGCAAGGAAUUUGGGGACGACAAAGUUCAGCUGGCUAUGCAGACCUACGAGAUGGUUGAUAAGCACAUCCGGCGGUUGGACACAGACCUCGCUCGCUUUGAAGCAGACCUGAAGGAGAAGCAGAUAGAGUCGAGUGACUAUGACAGUUCUUCCAGCAAGGGCAAGAAGAAGGGCCGAGCCCAAAAAGAGAAAAAAGCUGCCCGUGCUCGCUCUAAAGGGAAAAACUCUGAUGAGGAAGCACCAAAAACUGCCCAAAAGAAGUUGAAGCUCGUCCGCACUAGCACAGAGUAUGGGAUGCCUUCCGUCACCUUUGGAAAUGUGCACCCCUCGGACGUACUGGAUAUGCCCGUGGACCCCAAUGAGCCCACUUACUGCCUCUGCCACCAGGUCUCCUAUGGGGAGAUGAUUGGCUGUGACAACCCUGAUUGUUCCAUUGAAUGGUUUCAUUUUGCCUGUGUGGGUCUGACAACAAAACCAAGAGGAAAAUGGUUCUGCCCUCGCUGUUCCCAGGAGAGGAAGAAGAAGUAAAUUCACAUGAGACCUCAGUACUGCUGCAGGAGCUCUCUUCCCCCUGCCAGAGCCUCGUCCCAGUUCCCCCAGCCCUUGGGGCCUUGGCUGAAGGGAAGUCUUGCCCUGUUUGUGGUUUGGGCCAUCCCUGGAAUGGUGUGUACCCUCACGGUGGUUCCUGUGUGUUCUGUAUCCCUGGUUGCUUCUGAGUCCUUAAGGGAGGCCCUCUCUGUGUACUGUUCCAAACAGGUCUCUGAACCUCAAAGGGAAUGAAUGAGGGCACCAGGGUAGCCACCAGAUUCCCAGGGAUUCAGGUAGCCCCUGAUUUUCCUUGGCUUUCCUUCAGCCUCCUCAGAGUUCAUUGCCUAUUCUCUGCUUAGAGAACAAGGCUAUGGGAUGGGGGAAGGAAAGGAGGUAAGUCUUCAGCAUUUUAGGUCAUUCAUUUUCCUGGAUCUUUUUCAGGAGAGAGGGAGUAACCAGGCUACUUCUUAAUCUAGUGGGCUGGUUGAAAGACUGAAAACCUGAUGUGCUCCCUGUCUUUAACCAUUCCACUGCUGGCUUUGAGCAGCCUCUUUUGUUGGGGAGAGGAGGAGGCAGAGGGAGUGUUUAGAGCUAGCUUUGUCUCUCUUAUUCCUGGGGUAAACCUGCUGGUCUGGGAAGCACACUGUGUGAAGGAGGAAGAAUUUCUGACCACGUGGGGAGAAACGGCUUGGUCCAGUCUGUCUUCCGGCUUCAAAAUUCUGCCUUCCUCUUGUGUAGUGGUGCUUCUCCAUUAUGUUGAUGGUGGGAAGUUUGGGGAUUCAGAUCCCACUUGUAUGAUACAGAAUUAAAUAAAAUUCAUUGAAACAAGUACUCUGUUUGCCUUGACAUCACCUCCAAAAUAAACUGCGGCAAUUGGUCUCUCUA